GCAUUGUGAGUGGGUCGCGGCCGAGGCCGUCUCGAGCGCCGCCGUCUCUGCUCUCGCGCCGUAACCGCCCCAACCGCCUCAGCAAUGGCUUCGGCAGACGUCGCCCGGCAAGUGAGUGAAAAUGUCCGUCCACUUUCCCUGACAGGCCAUGUUGGCUUUGACAGCUUACCAGAUCAGUUGGUCAAUAAAUCUACCUCCCAGGGAUUUUGCUUCAAUAUCCUCUGUGUUGGAGAAACUGGCAUUGGAAAGUCAACUCUUAUGGAUACCUUGUUUAACACCAGCUUUGAGAAUAAUGAGUCAUCGCAUUAUGAAAACCAGGUGAAAUUGAAGUCCCAGACAUACGAACUGCAGGAAAGUACUGCCCGCUUAAAACUAACCAUUGUAAAUUCAGUGGGCUUUGGAGACCAGAUAAACAAAGAAGACAGUUAUAAGCCUGUUGUUGACUACAUUGAUGCACAAUUUGAAGCCUACCUGCAAGAAGAAUUGAAGAUUAAACGUUCCUUAUACAACUACCAUGACACUCGCAUCCAUGCUUGCUUGUACUUCAUUUCUCCAACUGGCCAUUCUCUUAAGUCACUAGAUUUAGUGACCAUGAAAAAACUGGAUAGCAAGGUGAACAUCAUUCCUGUUAUUGCAAAGGCAGAUACAAUUUGCAAAAAUGAACUGAAUAAAUUUAAAAUAAAGAUAAUGGGUGAACUGGUCAGCAAUGGAGUCCAGAUAUAUCAGUUUCCAAUAGAUGAUGAAACAGUAGCAAAAGUUAAUUCAACAAUGAAUGGGCAUUUGCCUUUCGCUGUUGUAGGAAGUACAGAAGAAGUGAAAGUUGGGAAUAAGAUGGUUAAAGCUCGUCAAUACCCCUGGGGAGUUGUACAAGUUGAAAAUGAGAACCACAGUGACUUUGUGAAGCUGCGAGAGAUGCUUAUUUGUGUGAACAUGGAAGACUUGAGAGAACAAACUCACACCCGACAUUAUGAGUUGUAUCGUCGCUGCAAGUUGGAGGAAAUGGGAUUCAGAGACACAGAUCCAAAUAAUAAGCCUGUUAGCCUUCAGGAAACGUAUGAAGCAAAGCGAAAUGAGUUUCUUACUGAGCUACAGAGGAAAGAAGAGGAAAUGAGACAAAUGUUUGUGAUGCGGGUCAAGGAGAAGGAGUCUCAGCUGAAAGAAGCAGAGAAAGAGCUGCAAGAUAGAUUUGAACAUCUAAAGAGAAUGCACCAGGAAGAGAGAAGGAAAUUGGAUGAGAAAAAGAACUUCUUGGAUGAAGAGAUAAUUGUAUUUACCAAGAGGAGGGCUGCCACUGAAUUACUUCAAUCUCAGUCUUCAUCCCAAACAAGUCUCAAGAAAGAUAAAGAUCGCAAAAAUUAUUAAUUUUCUGGUUUGCUGCACAGUGCUUGUACCUCUUUUUAUAUGCUUCCUUAUGAAAGAGCCUUUUCAAGAGCAUCAUGUAUAAAUUCUAAUCUGCUGAACAGCUAGAUCUGUGCCACCCCUUCUUGAUUUCUCCUCACAUGCCUGUCACUUUUCUUUUGCUUAAAUGGACGAAGACCAUGGUAAUCUACAUACAGAUCGCCUAAUUGGUGCUAAAUACAGUACCGGCAUAGCUGUAACAUAAGCCAUAUAUUUAGUCUACCAGGAUUAGGAUUCUGAUCCUUGUUACAGGACUUGUUUUGCCUAAUAUUCAAAAAUGUGCCCUUCAGGGAAAUGUUAUAUUUAAUUUGAUUCUAAUUUUAUAUCUUAUAAUAUUCUUUGUUUUUCUUACUGUGCCUUAAACAUUACGACAAAUUAUGAAAUAUUAUAGAUUUUAUUAACCUGUACCUUUUUGUAUUGUGGUUUGUUUUCAUUGGGUUUCCUCUUAAGGUUUUACGACCUUGAAUCAAAGUGGCAGGAUGCCAAGUUUACCAGUCUUGAGAGGAAAGAAGUGAUUAGAAUUCAAGUAUACUUGAGCAUGCACAAUCAAGGUAGUGUUCUUAGCCAUAAACUGUGUGCACAUUUUGCACUUCAAGGAAAAGUUUUCAGUUUAAGCAAAGCUUUUGAGGCGCCAACUUAAAUUGCUGGAAGUGAAUAGCAUACUAUUAAAUGCUGUUGUCUAAUGACAGCAAAGUUACACUACAUGUUUUUCCAAAAUUUGCAACUUUGCCUAAACAUUUGCAAGCUCAACAAUUUCACUGAUGUUUAAGUAAUUAAUGUGCUGCAUAUGUUAAAUUCAGCUAUUGAAAUUAUGAGAAUUAGGUUUGCAAUUUUAAGUACAUAUAAGAUCUCUAACAAGCCCAAGAAAAUUUAAAUAGAAAGAAAA